GCCUUCACUGACAUUCGAAUUCGUCAACCUCUAAAGUUAAGGUAACUGUAAUAAAUUGGGGGUGCUGUCACUUCCGACCUUUUCCGAGCACGUAUAGGGGAGGGCAAGGGCGCAGUCACAUACGGAAUCGCACGAUCGUGCGUCUGACGUCACCAUGGGAGAAAAUCAAGCAAUUUAACCGGCGAUGGAGAGGUCACAUGACACUCAGGACGCGUGGCUGCUUCUGUGCUUUGAGAGUUAACGCGUCGAGGUGCCUAACCCGUUUCUCCUCUCCAUCUUCUCGCCGCUAAUUCAGCUGCCACCGACAGGUCCUCCUCGUAAGCGGAAGGGAGGUGUCCGUGUUUGGCCUGGUACUUCUCUGUCGGUUAACAGCUCGCACUGGGCGUACCCGUACUUUUCCCCGAUCUUCUUGAUCUCACUGGAGAAAAUUCCAACAAGGUCAGCGUUUGCGGUCAUGGCGGACCCGGCGGUCAUGGCCGACCUAAUGAUGCAGUCUCUUUCGCCCGAAUUGACUCAACCCCUUGUCAAACUUCUUCGCAGCCUUCAAGAGCUUCGUCGCUGCUUUUGCCUCACCAGCCGGCCAUUUCCCCGAAGUGCCAAACGUUGCGUCGAUGAAUAUACCGUUUGUUGCGCUGGUAGAAUAGAGGGGUCACUCCGCGAAAGCACCGAGUCGGCCGAAUCGUACAAUCCAUCCUUCGUCCGUCAAGUCUUUUCUGACGACGGCAUUCGUCGGGCCCUCCAGAACCAUGGCGAACCCAACAAGUCCAGUCCAAUCAACGUAGGCAGCCCUCUCCGUGGGGACCGGCCAUUACAUGAUCAUAUACUCAUACAACUCAAAUCCAUCCUACAGGCGUCUCGUUGUUGCGCCAUCACUCCCGUUAAGCUCGUUGCCGGCACUUCCACUGUCACUAGCGUCGCGGCUACCCGAUACAUGGCAACUGGCAUGCCACCGAAUCUGGUUCGUUCAGAUAGCCGCGGUUGGGCUUUGGUGUCUAUACCAUGGACGGAUCAUUCCGAAGCACUGGACUCAGGCAUAUCAGCGCAGCAUCUCACCGCCGCUGAUGGUUCGUUGCCUCGAUCUUUAUCUGCUCUCCCAUGCACUCUUCCUGCUUGCGGAGGUCUGCCUGACCAGCAUCGUCACUCUGGACCCCAUAAUGGCGAUACACCAUGUCGUGGCUAUUGUUAUUUUUGCAUUGACGAGAAUUGAGCGUAGCGCAUUAUCCGUAACGACGCUGGCGCCGUUUCUGCUGCACUGUCUCUACUGGUCAGGGACGGCCCGAUCUGAUGCCCUGCUGGCUGUGUACAAUGGCGUUUUCUUUGUGGUCUGCUUUUUUGAAACUUGCUGCUGGUAUUUUAGGAAAUAAAAUGUGUAGCAUUAUUUGAAUGCUAGCUAUCGAGUUAGCGAAAUAUUAGAUACGUCCUACUUCGUGUACUGGUGGUCGGGGUGGAAAUCAAU